ACCCAGGUGACCACAUGGACUUCCUGGAAUAGCUUCCCUUCGGUUCCGCCUUUUCUCCGCCUCUUCCUCUGGCCGGUUUCCCGCCAAAUUGCAAAAGGGGAUCGCCAGCGAAGAAGUGGUUUUGGAGCUGAACUUCUUCGGAUUACAGCAAGAUGAGCGGUGGGGAUCACUCGCGGGCCAGCCAUCCCAAUGGGUACUGCUGUGAAAUGCCCUGUAAGAAACGUGAUGACUAUUUGGAAUGGCCCGAAUAUUUCAUGGCUGUAGCUUUCUUGUCAGCACAAAGAAGCAAGGAUCCAAGUUCACAGGUUGGUGCUUGCAUUGUGAAUUCAGAAAACAAGAUAGUCGGGAUUGGAUACAACGGAAUGCCCAAUGGAUGCAGUGAUGACUUGCUGCCUUGGUCGAGAACAGCAGAUAGUAAACUUGACACGAAAUAUCCCUAUGUGUGUCAUGCUGAACUGAACGCCAUAAUGAACAAGAACUCUGCGGACGUGAAAGGCUGCAGCAUGUAUGUUGCCUUGUUCCCGUGUAAUGAAUGUGCCAAGCUCAUCAUCCAGGCAGGUAUAAAAGAAGUUAUCUUUAUGUCAGACAAAUAUCAUGACACUCCUGAGAUGACAGCCGCACGGCGUUUAUUUGAUUUUGCUGGAAUUAUAUACAGGAAAUUCAAACCAAAGUGCAGUAAGAUAGUCAUUGAUUUUGAUUCAAUUAACAGCAGAUCAAGUCAAAAGCCUCUGUGAGAUACAUCUAAUUAUAUCUCUAGAAGAUUGUGAUUAUCCUUUUCUGAGAAGCUGGAAAUGCUUUUCAUCUUGCAGCUAGACAUAACUUUUUGAUAGUCGCCACUACUAUAUACGUCUGAAGCAUAUGUUGGGCCUACAAAAUUGUAACCCUUUGCCAUAGCCUUAAACUCUCACUUUCUGUACUUUUCUGAACCUCUCCUAAAUGGAAUCUACAAAUGAGACCUGCACUUUUGUAUGUACCAUAUGAAAUCUGCCCUAUUUCUUAUAUUCAUUAUCCAGUGUCUGAUCUGACUUCAGGGAGCUGAAAUUGAAAUCCAUGAGUGAUUGACUAUAGACAAAAACCCCGAUGAAAACCUUCAGUAGUACUUAUGUAUUAUUGUAAAAUAUUGUUUACUAGCCCAGAAAGUCAGCAGAAACCACGACUAUUAACAAUGAAAAUGUUGACAUUCAAACAAUAAGCUAGAUAUCUAUAUAAUAGGCAGAAUAUUGUGUUGUAUUUGAUACCUAUACUGAUAGAUUACACCUUGGUAUUUUACCAGAUGUUCAUUUCUUUAAUUGCUUCUCUUGCUGCAGCGUAGCACAUGAGCAUGUGUUCAAUUACAUUUGAAGAAUGCUUUGUAUUGAAUGUAGCUUUAGAGUAGCUUUAAUUCCUUUUUCCCAGGAUGCUUUCAGUUUAGGAAAGGGUAAGUGAAUAAAUCAUUUGGCUUUCACCUACGGCACCUUUUUUGAAGCUGAUUUUAGUGACUGAAAGGAAACUACUUUAUUAGUCUAAAUUGCUACAAGACAGUCCACCAUACUCCAGUUCUAGAAUCAUCCUCCAAGGUAACUUAAUCACUACUUUUCCUUUAAAGGAAAACAAAGAGAUGCAGACUGCGCUGAGACACUCCAGGAAUCAUAAUUAUGUUUUAGCUUGUUUUUAGUUGUUAAAAACUGGCUGUGUGCCAUACAUUUUAGAAACACUAACUAAAGCAAGAUCCCAUUCAAUUUUUUCAAUAUCUUUCUGUAUUUUGCUCUUCAAUCUUAUCGGGUUUUUAAAAAGUAAAUAAACAUAAUUGUGUGUUUAUAAGAAGUUUCCAAUCCCAAAAAUACCACCCCCCAGUAUUGUGAUGUUUCAGUGGACUUUCUCUGUGAAAUUUCUCUCUUUGUUAAGACAUUAUGUAAUUUGGGCUGCUACCAGUAUUAUUAAAGUCUUAUUAAAAUGCGA